GGCGCUGCCGCGGAGCGGAGCCGUGCCGAGCCGAGCCGAGCCGAGCCGUGCCGGGCCGGGCGGAGGCAGCAUGCAGGCGCGGCGCCUGGCCAAGCGCUCCAGCAUGGGCAGCCGGCGGCUGAGCUCCUCCGGGCCGGCGGACGGGGCCCGGCCCCCCAAGCCCGAGAGCGGCUGGAGGCCGGCCCGGCGAGAGGGCUCGGCCGCGGCGGUGGAGGAGGAGGACGAGGACGAGGACGCGGUGGUGGUGGUGGAGGUGGACGAGGAAGAGGAGGACGAGGAAGGCGGCGGCGGCGCUUUGGGGAGCCCCCCCCACGGCAAGGGCCCGCUCCGGGCCGGCACCAAGGCAGCCAGCAUCAAGCGUGAAAUGACCUUCCCUGCAUUUCAACAGGAGGAUGUGAAAAGUGACAUCAGUCAAAAACUGCCAGACCAACAGUUUCUCCUGUUCACCACAAAGGAGGAAGAUUUAAAAACAGCAGAGACCAAAAAACUGAGCAGAGUUCAUGAGUAUGAAAAGGAAAACACUCGUUCUGUUUGUCUUCUUGAACAGAAGCGCAAGGUUGUUUCUUCAAAUAUUGAUGUGCCUCCAGCAAGAAAAUCUUCAGAAGAACUGGACAUGGAUAAAGUAACAGCAGCCAUGGUACUAACCAGUUUAUCCACCAGCCCUUUGGUUCGCAGCCCUCCUGUCCGACCCAAUGAAUCCCUAAAUGGAUCUUGGAAAGAAGGAGGAUUUGUGCCUUCUAGUACCAGCAGCAGUGGAUACUGGAGCUGGAAUGCUCCCAGUGACCAGUCCAACCCAUCCACCCCAUCUCCACCUCUGUCAGCUGACAGCUUCAAAGCUUUUCGAACGCCUUCCCAGCCAGAUGAUGGUAUUGAUGAAGCUGAAACAAGCAACCUUCUCUUUGACGAACCCAUUCCUAGGAAAAGAAAGAACUCGAUGAAGGUGAUGUUCAAAUGCCUGUGGAAAAACUGUGGAAAGGUACUGAGCACAGCUGCAGGGAUUCAGAAACACAUACGGACCGUUCACCUUGGACGUGUAGUAGAGUCUGACUACAGUGAUGGAGAGGAGGAUUUUUACUAUACAGAAAUCAGGCUCAACACGGACUCAGUAGCCGAUGGCUUAAGCAGUCUUUCCCCAGUCUCUCCAUCUUUAGCAUCUCCUCCUUCGUUUCCCACCCAAGAUGCAAUCCGUCCUGAAACUUCCUGUGCCAAAACUGAGACUAAAUUGAUGACACCUCUGAGCCGCUCAGCUCCUACCAACCUCUACCUCGUACACACGGACCAUGCUUACCAGGCCACUCCUCCGGUGAACAUUCCAGGGUCAACAAAAUUCACUCCUAAUGGCAGUAGCUUUAGCAUCUCUUGGCAGUCGCCUCCAGUUACCUUCACCGGCAUUCCAGUCUCACCAACUCAUAAUCGUCCUGCAGGGAGUGGAGAGCAGAAACAGUCCCACACAGUUCUUUCAUCACCGCCUAGAGUAGCAUUUGGCUUGAGGAAGCCCAGAGGGGAGGGGAAAAAGUGUCGAAAGGUCUAUGGGAUGGAGAACAGAGAUAUGUGGUGUACUGCCUGUCGGUGGAAGAAGGCCUGCCAAAGGUUCAUCGACUAACGAGUGAAAUUCUGCAGAGGAUUUGGGGAUGGGGGAGGACAACAGCAGGACCAGAUCGCUACAGCUGCACUGUAUCACUUCCCGGUUUCCCUCCAGUGAUGUGGUGUUGGGUUUUUUUGGUUUUCGUUUUGUUUUGUUUUGAUUUUUUUUUAUUUUUUUUUAAAACGAGAGCUUUGUAUUUCAAAGUGAAGCACUUGUAGCCAAGGAGAAGCACUAAUCAAAACCUGUGUGGAGCAAUAGAGCAAAAAAUAAAUAAAAAGCAAAAACAAGAACAUAUCACAAAAAUCUGUCUUACUAAGUAUCGAAACCAGAGCAGCUAUUAGUGUUUUUCUGUUAAAAAAAAAAAAAAAGGAAAAAGUUAAUUUUUUGCUAACUCUUUGAGCUACUCGCUCCUUACGAUCAUUUUUAACCAUUUUAGUCUCUUUGCUAUGAACAUGUGUAUUUGCUAAACUGAACAAUUUUUCUUUUCCUGAAAUGAAGAUCUCUUUUUGAAAGCUUUCUGAUAAACACUUCAGAGUCCUAUAAGCUACAGUUUACUCAGCAAAAGCUGUACUAAGCCUGGAGACUGCUAACUAAUUCUCCUGAUACGAAUAAUCAUGAUUAUAUUAUAUUUUUGGAAAGGGGCUAUGGGGAGGAGUUGGGAUUUUUGUUUGUUUGUUUAUAGGAGAAAAACAAAAGCCUGAAUUUUCAAGAAGGACAAGCAGUGCUCCUGGAAGAUUUUUAAACCACGCACAGACCAGUGGAGUGGAACAAAGUAAUUCAAGUACCAAAUUGGAUUUUGGUCUCUGGAGGAAGAAAAGCAGCGAUGGAAAGUCACCAGCAGAUACCGUCACCACAGAAGUGGAGGGAAGAAAUUCAGUGAUGCUCGAUUGAAACUCAUGAGAAUAUAAUGGGGGUCUAGUAGCUUUUCUUACCGCUCUCCCUCUUCCUAGGGAGGACUGACAGUUGGACCAGCACAUCUGUUGCUGCACAAAAGCCUGUAGCGAACUGGUAAAUGCAGCCACUAGGAUUACAUAAAAUACCUAUUCAGGGACAUGAUCCAGCCCAGCAGUUCUGCUCUUGCUUCCUUUUCUCAUAUUUGAGAGAUUGUUGUUGAGGUAAUGGUUUGCUCAACGUGUUUUUUUUUCCACCUAUUAAAGUUGCUAAAAUUUAUUUUGCGCAAAAAAAUGGCAAAGAAACAAAAAUACCCCCUGUCCACAACAUCAUCUCAGAAAAAGGAGUACAACAGCAAAGGAGCAACAUAUUUAUGGUAAAAGUCCAUUUCUUAAUUCAUUUCAGUAUACACAUUAACAAAUUUCUGUACUCGCAGUACUUGGAUAGAGUUUCUCUGUCUAUUAGGAAGUAUGCACCUGAAUGUGGAAAGCUGUGUUCUGUCUCAACGUAUGUGGAAUUAAUUGACAAUUAUUUUAAUACAAAAAUAAAGUAAGGAUUUACUAGGAUGUGAAUGUAUACUGUUAAGUAAUGCUUGCCUGUUAAACAAAACAAGACACCUUAAAAAAAAAAAGCAAAACUUUGCCUCUUAAUAGAGGUAUAGAGGCCCAAAAUUUCUGGAUUUCCUUUCAUACCAUUUGAAAUCAGACCAGUUUUUUUUUUUUUAAUUUCUUUAAAUUGUCUAAUCUGCCUCAUCCUCCCUGGGAUAAGGACUCUGAGUAUCUAAACAGCUUUCUAAAAUCUGGUCCAAAGUUCAUUUGGUACUUUAUUGAGCAUGCACUGCUGCUUAUGCCUGUGUUAAAGCACAAAAUAACGACGCAGCUGUUGAGGAUAUGUGCUAUGAAUUCAGCAAAGUGAUGCUGAGAAGUAAAUAUAUAAUAGGAGCUACUGAUGGUUAUCGUCUGAUUUUUUUUUAAGCAAGUUAAUUGGGCAAUCAGCUGCCUAAUUUGAACAUGCUAUUUCUGCAGUUGUUUACAAAUUGUGUAAUUUACAUGCACAAGCAGCAGGAUAUGCUUGCAUGCACACAAUUUCUUGAUUUUUUUGAGCCCAAUUGUGUUCUUUUAUUUAAAAAAAAAAAAAAAAGGAAAUAGAAAUCUAGUUAGACCCUGAAAUAUAUACAUGUAUGUAUGUGUGUGUGUGUAUGUGUAUAUAUAUGCACCUAUAUAUAUACAUAUAUAUAUAUGCAUAUCUGGGAUCAGCAGGGAUGAGAAAGAUUGUUUUCUUUAUAAAUCUAAAACCAGACGGUUAAUGUCACUGGAUAUACAUAGCCACUGUUUUAUCAUCUUUUUCCCUCAGCAAAAUGUGGCUCGUGGGGUUUCUUUGGAUGUUGUAUUUUUUCAAUGUCUAUAGUAAAAUGCCUCGUAGUAAUUCAUAGUCUCAAAUUUCGUCUUCAAACACUGAGCUUGCUGUUUCUGUAUUUACUGUGGUAGUACUUACAAAAUCUGGGCCUUUUCAAAGAUACUCCUGCCAAUUUUCACCCUAUUCUUACAGCCCUGCAAGACUAAUUAUAAAAUGUUUCAUAGUUAAUUAGACUAUUGUAAGACUUAACAGUAUUUGCUUAUAUAUUUGUUGUUCCCUUCCUUUUGUGUUUUGCCUUUUUGCUUUGGAGGAUUUUGUAAAAAUAAUGUGUUAGAUUGUAUGUUGGUUCCGUAAUGUCAAGGCAUCACGAGCACCUUUCCUGAGGGCACUUUACGAAUUAUUGUAGUAAGAUUAUUCUUUAUAGAUUUCUGCGCAGAAGAUUGGUUUUCGUGCCAGACCAGAGCGCCCUCUGGUACAGAUUUGCUAUGGAUUAUGUAGAGGCACAAGAGCUGCAAACCAUCCAUCGUGAUAGAAAGUUUGUGUUAACAAGCAGAGGACAGGAAAUACUCAAUCCAGCAUAAAUUUUGCCAGGACAAAAUUAAAUUUUCAGUAUUUUUACACAAACUUUAAUCAGCAGAGUUUAUAUUAAAUCAGUUCUGCACCUUUUGGCUGUGGCAUUUUGGUUAACGUGUCUCGCUCACGGCCUGAGCUAGGGAGAUGGCACAGCCCUCUUGAGCUGCUUCAGGCUUCAGACUCGGGUUGCUUCAGGGCACCCAGGCACCCAGCUGACUGCGCUCCGGCAUCCGCGAAGAUCCCCUUCGCCUUCUUAACACACCCAGCAAGACCAGAAACAUCAGCAAAGCCUUUCUCUGUCUUGGCAUCGCAGAGCGCACACUGAAAUAACUUCUUCCUUUUUUUAGUAUAUUGCUUCGGUGUUGUUUCACGCGGUAUUGUUGUCCUGCUAACACCUGGUUCAUGUCACAGUUCUGCACAGUCCUUCCAGAAAGAGUUUGAUCUCUUUGUUUCCCAAGAAGGGGCUAGCUUGAAUGCUUUGCUUGUUUAGCGCCAUCAGGGCACGCCACUUCCCCUAUUUUCUAAUUAUUUGCAGUUUAUAGGUCAUUCUUUCUGACCUCCCAAAGACGGGAGGAACGGCCAGAGCUCGUUAUGCAGUGUCUGUGUGCUGCAGGUGGUUGGACACGUGCGCAUUGAUGGCAAGAGCCAGAACCUCCAUCUGAGAUACACAAGUGGGAGGAUUUAUUCUGCUAGUUUUAGCCGCUUGCUGCCAGUGAUGCUGGUUACAGAGACUGUCGGCAUCAGUAGCAGAGUGGCUGUCAACAGCAUAACUCCCAAAUACUUUUCUUCAGGAUUUCUCUUCCUAGAACAAAGCCGUUUCUCAUGUCGCCAUUUAUUCUACCCCUAAACAAACAAAAGCAUCUGGAAAAGGAGGUGUUUGAAGAAACACAGUUUUAAAACGUGAUUGUGUUCCUAUAGGAAAUAGCAGCUGUUGGACAUUCCGAGCUCCGAUCAUCUUACUCAUAAAAAUUUGUUUCCACCCCAAUGUGCCUGAUUCUCUAGUGCCUUGCACAAGUGUAAAAGGAUACACUGGAUGCAAAGUGGGCAAAAACUCUUCCACAAAGCGACGUGCAGGUUUGCACUUGUCAGCAGUGCCCGUCAUCCCUUAGCAGGUACCCAUCGUCGUGUGAGCCAGAGCUGCCGGGCCUGCUUGUGUGACCGCGCUGAGCAGAAAGCCUUCCCGCUGGGUUACCUCACCCACAUCGUUAGCAUGGCAUGAACACCGGCCUUCUGAUGAUACGUGGAUUCCUCGCAGCCCUUCUCCAUCACCUACUUCCCUCGUUCCUUCUCCCCUUCGUUGUGUAAGGUAACAAAGAGGUAGGAACACAUCGGAAGGCAAAGCUUUAGCAACAAGUUCUUGCAGAACCUGUGUUUAAGAACGGGUUCUGGCUCCAUGUCAUGGUCCAACGUGUACUUCCUUGUCGCUGCAUUUGGUUUUUUUCAUUCAUCCUGACCCAGUAAGACAGUCUGAGUGGUUUUCUGUGUCUUGCUGUGGGCUGGGACCCAGUAAGAUGGUCUGAAUGGUUUUCUGGGACCAGGUAGAGUGGCCCUGCCCAGACCGCAGGACAGGCAGACCCAUCUGAAAGUGUGGCACACAAAGUCAUUUCUUUCAUCCUCUCUCUGUCAUAUGUUGAGAAACCAUCUCGGGAAGAAGGCAAGACAUACAAAGCUUGCUGGCCAUGUGUAGAGAUACAGCAGGUUGCAAGAGAGGCUUGUUUCUGUCGGUAUAAAUUUCAGUCAUCUGUAGGGAGACGGCGUGCUGCUCCUUUUCUUAAACUACUUUGAUCAGGAAGUGUUUGUGAAGUCUCAUCUUUGUCGUCUAUUGACACGUUAUCAAUCUUCCUGUAGGUGGUAGCACUGGAACUGGGACCUGGCAGAGUGCUGGAUCUAACCUGUAUCUGUCAGGGUUUUGCUGGUCGAAAAUGGGGCUACUGUAAAGCAGCGUAGUGGAGUUGUUGUUCCAGUGUGAGUAGGAGACUUUUAUGACACCUUUAGCAACAUAAUUAAGAGAGUAAGUCAUUAGCAGAAACUAAUCAAGCUGACGGUUUGAAUGCAUUCUGUGUCUGCUAGAUGGAAGCAGCCCUUGGCUGCGUCUGCUUGACCUUGAAAAACUUCCUCAGGGCUGCAAAAAAGCCAGUGUGCCACGGGAGCUGAUAGUGCCCUCUUGAAGGCUUUCUCCAUCUUGGACUACAGUGCUUCCGCGUAGACAGCGAUCUCGCUUCUGUCCAAACGCAAGAUACAAAGGAUCUUCAGCUUGCAACUUCCUGAGUUUGUAGCUCGAUAUGAAAAGCACUACCUGUCUGCUUUUGGCUUCACGCAGGCCAUUUUGCGUAACAAUCCCAAAAGACCCUGAAAACAGGGUCUGUUUCUGAUGGCACCAUGAAAAAUAAACUACUUGUUGCUCCUGUUCUUGCUUAUACUAACAGCAAGAAUCCAUUUGAAAUGUAAGGGAAUGGAUAAAUUCAGUAACAAGCUAGUGUUUUGCUUUUUUAACACAUCUUAAUGCCAAGAUUCUUUUUUCCUUCAGUGUUUGAAUGUAAACGUGAGAUAUCUGCAAUACCCUCGAUAGAAAUUAAUUUAGCAACGCAGACACUAUUUCAGCUUUUCUGUUACUUUGGACUGUACAAAAUAUUGUAAUAUACAUACAGUAUAUGACUAACGGGGCAGGGUUUCGAUAUUAAAUUAAACUUCUUGAUGUAGUUCCUUGCCAAGGAGGGAUGCUGACAUGUUUGAAUGUGUUUGCCGUCUUUGCCAAACGGGAAGGCCAGGUUUUCUUACUUGCAUUUGAAACCAGUCCUCUUCGAAAAUGUAUGAUUGACCUCCCAGUCUUUAUCUUACCGUGUUAUACCCUCCAGCCAUUAGCAUGUAAUGUGUAAUGUUCAGAUAAACAGUCGUUACUAAAAUGUUUAUACAAAAUGCCUUGGGAAGACUAACAAAAAAAAAAAAAGAUAAGGUUAAUGCAAAUUUCCUCAGGGAGCAUAGGAGGGUUGUCAAGGCAAGGUGUAGUUUUAUUUGAAUGGAAGAUGGGUAAGAAUUUAAUUUCUUUUUUUUCUAUUCUAGGCAAAAUCUGAAGAGCAAUAUGUCACUACUUGAAUUAUUAAUAUAUUAUUAAUGCUUGGAAGGAAGCAUUAAUUGGUGAAUGUGAUCUCACUCAGCACUAUAGCUUAUGAAGGUCCAAACACAAACCAGACAUUUUAGCUGAUACAAAAAUACAGAAAGUGAGUUUGAACCAUAUCCUAAAUGUACUAUAAAUCUAUACAUUUGUAUAAAUAUUUUCAAAAUCUGCUGUAAAUAUAAAGGGUUCUUGUUCAUGUAGCUGCUUGGUCAAAGCAUACUUUGUCUGUAAUGGAAUUACUUACCAAAUCACUUCAGCAAGCAAAAAAAUCGUACACUAGCAUGAUAUCCCAGAGGUACUGAGUACUCCACUGUGCAUAGUGCUAAUUUCUACAUGAAAUUCAAAGAAACAAUGCCACCACCAAACUCUUCAUAUCUGCAAAGGCAUCAGCUUCAGUCACCCCAAGGUCUUACCGAACCAUGUUAACCAGUAUUUUGAAAGAAUACAUAUGCAAGUUCUCAAUGUUUUCCUUAUUUAUACAGGAUUAUUUUUUUGUCCGUAAUAAUUUUUCCUAUCAAAUCUUUUUCUGUUGUCCCGGGCCUUCUUUCUGCAAAUUCUUAAAUAUACUGAAGUGAAUAAAAAUGCACACCAAAAUCUUCAGUAUUGGGACCUAAACGUGUGAAUCCCACUCGACGUCAGGACUUUGGGUGUCGCUACUUACCUGUAGGAGCUGUGGCACUGACGCCAGGCGAUGUCUCGUGGUAGGGCUGCCCGUGAUCCCCAGGGCAGGGCUGGGCUGGCUGCGCAGACAGGAGCUGCCCGGUCCCAAACGCAAGCUCAGCACCACCGAGGCGCUCAAGGAAGCCUUUAGCCUCCUGCGCUCGCUUUGGCGAGGGGAUGUGCUGCUCCCUCUUCCUAAAGCCAGGCUUGUGGUUUUCUGAAAUCAGGCUGCGGAAGGAGCUGAUGUUCAUACGGCUUUGAGCAAAAUAUGCACUUUGUAAGACAAUCUUUUUCUGAUUUUACGCGAUUCGUACUGUGCGUGUAGGAGAUGAGAUGAAUUUAGAGGACUCUUGGAUUUUAUUUUUUUGCAUUGUAAAGGGAACGCGAGAAAGAAGAAACAUUUAAUUGUGCAUUUUAACACGUGAAAGCAUUUCUUAGUUAUGUAGAGGUGUCUAUUUACCAUCAAGCUCAACGGGACUUAUUUGAGCACAUCAGAAAAAAAUGCAUGAGAAGCAGAAAUGUGUGUCGUCCCACCUGUAUCCCCUGUGUGCUCAGCACUCCUCCGGGGAGCUGGAGGCACAGAGUUCUGAGUAUGCAAGAAAAUAAGUAAUUUUACCUAAAAACUUGAGGAUAUCGUGCUUUUAAGUCACAGAUGAUGCUGUCUUCGUGUGGUUUUUUUUUAGUGUUAAAAGAGCAUCAGUACUGUUACUGAAGAGAAAAUAGAUGGUAGCCUUAUUAGCAAGGUGCAAUACUUACAAAGGGCUAAAUUACGGAAACAAGCGGUGUGCGUAUGUACAGCGCUGCAAAAUGUGCACUCUUUAAAAAUGAGCUUUUAUAGCACUGGGAUCUUAUUACCUCUCUGAAGUGAUAACGUUGGUAUAAUUUUAUAUCCAUUCAUUGUAAGUUACAAAACAGAAUUUGGGAUUUCAUAAGAACCAAAAGGAAGAGAGGGAAAACUGUAAAUUACAUAGAAUAGCGGUGUGUUGUCUUACAUGGCGGAAGUAACCUAAAGCACCUUUACAAAGCUAUACCCAUUUUGGAUUAGUGACAAAAAACAUUGCCUUUGGUUACAGAAAUUGUUUAGUCUGAAACUGCCGGUGAUGUUAGGAAAAUGCCUACUUCUGGGUAAAUUUUGCUUUGUCUCUUGCAUUUUAUUACUGGGAUUUAUCUGUUUGUAUUCUAAUUGUGAAGACAUUCCUAAAUUAGCAAUACUUGGCUUGAAAUCAGACUCUUUUGAAAAGAACUUUUUAAAGGAAGAGAUUUCUUCCUUCGUUGUACUGCACGGUCUGAAUGAUCUACUCCUUCUUAAGCGGAGAGCUCGUCAAAAAGUGGAUAUGUACAAAAAGAUUGCUCUGGGGGCUGAACAAGCAACCGGAGGGCUGCUCUCCUGUUCGGAGAGAACAACUUCUCUCCAUCUGCACUGUGAGGUCCCUAGAACAGAGGUUUUCCAGGCUGGUGGCUUGCUAACUUAGACUUUUGCUGUUAAAUAAUGACUUACAUGCCAUUUUUCCAUGACUCUUGCUGUUCCCAUCGUGUUCUCCGAAUCCGUAUUUAAAUGGCAGGCUGAAAUGCUCCGGUCUGUUGAGCAGGAAGGUGUUCGGUUGUUUCCCUCUGACUCUCCUAGCAAAGGGCCAAAGGACAAAGUGAAAUUCAGAGACGUUACUGGAACAGGCCUGAGCCAUGAGGCACAGCCUGAAACAAAAUAGCUCAGGGAAGCAUAGUAAGUAGAAUGAAACUUCUCUCUUGGCCCAUUUUCACUUGUGUUGAGACCAGAGGCUUGGGAGUAAGGGGUUACACACAGCAAACCUUACAGUACUGUCUUCGUUCAGAUGCUACCUUGUAGUGUGCUGUCACUUCUGCGGCCUCAUCUCUGUAGGUUUUGAUACAAAUUCAUUCCAUCUGCCAAAACAUUGCACUAUUUUCUGUGCAGAAGGGAAAGGUUCUGCCACCCCAUCAGUAGCCAGCGCUGGCUUUAUUUAUUUUCUGUAACAGCGUACGUAACCUGCUGACGGAUCCUUCUUGCCCAAAUGAAUCAUUUUUUCUCAGAAGUAUCUUUAGCCAAACAUGUUCAGAUACUAAAAUUACCGCAGUUACUAAAAACUAGAUUGUGUGAAUAAAUUGACAAGAAAAGACCAAAUUUGAUGAACAGCAUCAAUGCAACCUUUUGCACUGACCAUCUUUCACACAGAUUGAAGGUCAAAAAAAGCAUUUUCCCCUCCCAAGUCGUGCAAACAGUUAGCAGGAAAUCCUUCUAAUUACUCUGAGGAGGAGAGGAAAAGCACCCUUGCGAAGCUUGCGUGAGCCCUGUCUGCAGCCCUCAGGUGCCACGCUGCAGGUUCCUUCUCACACGUUUGCACUAGUCUGAAGCAGUCAGUCGCAGAGGGCUCAUUUUAUUUAAAUGACAAGCUUGAUAAGAAGUCUUGUUACACAAUUAAGAGUAAAAUGCGCUGUAACAAGCUGAGCCCUCGAAGCAUUAGAUUUUUUCUCCGGAGAGCUGCCAUUAUCCCUGCGAAUGGCUUCAUCGACUGGGACGGCUCCCGUGGGCGGCAGCUGUGGGGAGGAGGUUUGGGAUUUCCCUGUGUGACUGUUUCCCGUGUCACUGCCUGAGAAACUGUGACUCUCCCUCUCUGAGUGCUUGCAAAGAGAAGUGUGCCGUAGGCUUUGCGAGAGGGACGGACGCUUCCCGAGACGUUUGCACUGCCGCUGGAAGGUCUUGGCUGGGUUUCCAGUGAUACCACAGUGGCGAUACGCUGGGUGUGUCUUAGGGACAAGUUGUUUUAAGCACGUGCUGUGCGGUGUGUGAUCCCUCCCAACGAUGCCAGGCACGUUUACGGAAGGUCACUGAGUAAAACACGGCGCUGUCAGAGCAGAAAGCAGAGGCGGUGGUCUCCCUCCUCCCAGAGCCGUGCUGCAUCUCGGGGGCACCCUCGCUUCUGGGCUUUCCCUGCCCCGUGACCUGGCCAAAGGCUUUUUCCCAAGAUCUGCUGGAAUCCAGCAACAAGCCCUAAAACCAGGCCGGUGUUGGGUUUGACCCUCAGGUAGGGGAGGCUUAAAACCCAACUCCUCCCCUUCCUGAGUGUUUUACUGGCAGGCUCUUACAAAGGGGGCACUGCUCCAUCGCUUUCCCAGUGGGAUUUCAAACACGGCACCAGCCACCAGUGCGUUUGCAAGGAGCCGGAUGUUGUCUUUGUCAGUCACGGGUUUGGGGGAAUAUUCUUUUAGAUUUAGAGCUCUACACCUCACCUAUUACCUGGCUUCAGAGCAGCUUGGGUUGGCCCAAGCUUGGGCUACUGUCCCUGCCCACAGCCUCUCAGCCUCUCUUUUCUGCUGGCAAAAAUACGGCUACAGAAAAAUACACUGGGUUGUGCUGGCUUGAACCACUCCUAAAAGCACAGGUCUGUAGAAAAUGCCCGAAGGCUGUGUCAGUGCAUGACCUGCUGGGUUUGUGGCUCCGCUCUUCAUGUGGCCAGCACUGGCUCACUAAUCCUAUGCCCAGUGAGUCCUAAGGCUACACCUCAACCGUGCCGCGGUUUUGCUAAGCAGGUACAGGAGGAGGAAAGGGGCACGAAAAGCCACCCCGCGGGACCUUAGUCCUCCCCUCACCCCAGGCGCGUCCCGGAGCCAGUCUGAAGUCAGUCGGGGUAAUUUGGGGCCAUGCACGUUUUACUGGUGGGUGCGAAGGGGAGGUGCUACCUCUGCGUGAGAUCUCUGGGCCGCAGGAAGCCAGGCCGUGCUUCUCGUCCGGACACAGGCAGGAAUUUUCCUGAAUAGAAACCUCCGGCUCCUAGCGCAGGUCCUCCGCCGCUUGGCACAAGCGUCCCAGUGCAGCGGUGGUGGGGAGGAAAGGCUCGGCACGCAGCUCGAGCGAGCUCACAGCAGUGGCACUGCGAUUGUUUAAACUCUGUGAAAACAGCAAUUACACCUUCUUGUCAUCUGCUACUUACAUUUCAUAUUAAAAAAAAAAAUAAAAAUAUUUCCAAUAGAGACAGGAGUGAACUCAGCACACGUUAAGUCAGUAGAAAAGCAGGAGCCCAAUUGCCCGGGUUCAUGAAUACAGGAUUUCCAGUGCCCUGUGCUUGCCUAAGACUGCAGUAUUUAGCUCCCUGCAUCCCUUUGCCUCUUUUCAAUCACCAAAGGGAAAUACUUGCCCACAAGUAUUGUUUUUUCCUUUGUUUCCUAUCAGAUAUUGUUUUGGUGAAUACAGAGUAAAUUUAAGUUCUUUCUUAAAAACACUUUUUCUGCAUUAAUAUUGUUAGAACCAGCGCAUUUCCUCUUUCAUUCAGUGUAAAUCUAUUUCACAGAGCUUUAAUGUGCUCUGCAUUGCACUUUAUGUGCUUUUUCACUUGUUGGGCCACGUAUUUUCGAUGUACAAAACUUUUUGUUACUCUAGUUUCACCUAGAAAUUAACCGUGACACUCAGAUGUUUUGAUAAAAAUGCAAGUUCCAUAAAACAUAGCAAAUUAUUUAGAUUGGAAAUCUUUUAAUGAUAAUGCUGAGGAAUAUUGUAGCCUCUGAAAUGGUUUAUUAUUUAGUAAAUUCAAUAUAUUAAUGGGUUGCAUGAUUUAAAAUGGAAUAUGGAUAAGCAGGAGACAAAGCUCUAGCCAUUGGAUUUGCUUGUAUACAAAACCUGCAUUAGUUUAAUUGAUAUGGGCCUUAAGAAAUAUUUUAAAGUGCAAAGUCAUUUAAUAAGCCGAGUUGACAUGAGAGGAGUUCCCAGAAAAGUUGAAAUCAGCUUCACUUAAUUACCAAAGAGAGGUUUUCACUAUUCUAACACGACUCUGGGUACUGGGCAGUCUGAGAUGCCUCUGGUCUCUGAACUCUCACAAGUAGGAUAUACCACAGAGUUAGAGAAUCAUUGAAUCACAGCAUCACGGCCAUGGUUUGGGUUGGAAGGGCCCUGAGAGAUCGUCUAGUUCCAGCCACCUCUCACUAGAAGCUGUGUGUGAGCACCAGAAGCCCUAUGUGAGCACGUGUUUUCCUGCUUUCAGCAGGAGCUCUCCAAACUCUUAUGCUAACAGUCCUGCUUCCAGGCUGACAGUGGUAUUCCCAUUGUUUUUUUCUGGCUUUAUUCCCCCCCCCCAGUUUGGGGAACCAAUGUCCUAAAGACAAUCUUCUUGUUCCUAGAUGUGCUAAUGAAGAAAUCGUCUUCCUCCUGAUCUUGGUGUCAAACGUAGGGCCCUAAUACUGUUGCACGUGGGUUAGCUUAAGUAUUUUUAGAUGCCAGUUUCAGUGCUUUAAACAAAGAACAAUUCCUCUGCCCCAGCGCAGAAUCCUGUGCAGUAUGUCGAAAAAUAAAGACCCCUUUUCUUUUACUUCAUCCGAACUGUGUUUGUUCCAAAUAGAAGUGGGGAAGUCUGCGGUGACCGUGAGUGGAGCACAGAGCAGUAAAGGGGACAAGGAGCCGUGAUGCUCCCUCCUUCCCGGGGCAAAUCCUUCUGGGCUCUCUGCUCCCUGGCUGAUCAGCGAGUGUGUGACCUCAGACACCCCGCUGGCCCAUUUCUGCAUCCCCAGGCACAAGUGACGGCUGACUGCUGAGUCUAGCAGCGUGGGUGCAGACUCCAUUUGAGUUGCAAAUGUGUCACCUUGCCCUUUUUCCAUCAAGCUUCCCCUACAGAAGACAAUCAGGAGCAGGGGAUCCUGGUGGGUGGCUGUCCUUCAGCAGCACAACAGCAGCACUGCUCCCCGACUGCUUUCUGUGUUUUUUGGUGUGUUUGAAGGAAGGCUUAAAAGAGAGAGACUUUCGCAUGUAGCUCAUACUUACUGGCAAGCUGGUAACUCGUUGCCCUCUGGGGGCAGCCUGUGAGCAGCGCUGCAGAUUUAGGUAAGGUAAAUCCACUGCCAGCCACUUGGACAUGGCUAACAACUGUUUCUUAUAAAAAGAAAACAAAAAACAAAAAACACAGAACAACAAAAUGCCACCGUGCAGACUUUUGCUAACUCCCUCAGUGUCUGCCCGUAGUGCCAGCAGCUGGGGAGAAUGGUGGAAGGCACAGGACCACAGCCAUAACUCGUCAAAAUGCCUCUGCAGUCCAUUGCCACUGGAAAUGUCCUAGUGUUUGAUCAAAAAUGUAUAGACUCAGGCUUUCCAAAAUUCCUCUAGGAAUUUUGCUGUUACUUUCUAUGAAAAAAAAAAAGUGUUUAAAAUCUUUGUGUCUGCAUCUCAGUUGCUCCUGCAUGCUGAAUCAAGAGCACUUCAAAUAGACUUCAGCUACGCAGGGAGUCGUUCUUAGUGCAAGUGGUGACACCCCAAACAUUUCGAAUAUUUUUCUUAAAAACAUUUGUGAAAUUAGCAGUGUGCAUAUUAAUGUCUAAAAGUCUAUGAAAAUUGAGUUUAAAUAGUAAAAACCAUGUGCUUCUACUUGAAACUGUAAAGAAAGACUACUGAACUAUUUAAUUUGCUAAGCACCAGCUCCUGAGUUUGUUAAUGCACUAAACCAGCUUUUGACAGAGUCACUUUUUCUAAAUGUAGAGAAGGAAUAGUUUCUUCUCAAAUUAUUGGAAUAAUUCAGGAAAUGAAUUCUUUGUUUCCAGUCACUGGGUUUUAGAAGGAGCCCAGAAAGAGCCCUCAUCCUGUUGUGCUUUUAAUAUUCAUUAUUUGUAUGGAAAAAAUCUUUGCUUUUUCAUUUUGCUGUGAAUUAUCAGUUCACUAGCUAUAGGCAGUAUUUCUUCACUUUGAUUGCCAAAUGUGUUUUAAAAAUAUUACUCUCCUCCUUGAAAAUCCUGAUUACUACAUUUUUUCUAGUUUUAAAAAUGCUUUUUGUGCAAUUUGCUUAGAUACGGUUGACUAAAAAUUGCAGAGAAGGAUCUAAAUCAUCUUAUAAGUGCAUGAACCAAUUUUUCCUAAAGUGAAAAUUAAGAAUAUGAGAAAGCAAGAGCAUGAAGAAUCACGAACAAAGCAUUGCAUUUCUGAAUUAAAUAUUUUUAGAACAUUCUGAUUAGUAAAAGUCACUAAUCUUUGUUGGCGUUAUAUUCUGUUGCACAUCACUGUGUUUUAGUAAAUGUGAAAGCAAUUUUUCUUCAGAAAAAAGAAAAGAAAAAACACAAACGGAAAACAAGAUUAGAAAUGAUCAUUUAAACCCAGGUUUUCUGCUUGUUUUUAAGUCUAUCCUGCCUGGUACAUCACUGUUGUGUGUUCAGGGAUGCUCAGGACAACAGAUGUUCCUGCCGGGAAGCAGCUAGGUUCCAAAGUGUUAACUGAAAUAAAAGCUGCGAGCAAACUCUUAGAGUUUUCAAAAUAUUAGCUCAGCUAUUGCCAAAAAAAAAAAAAAGCAUAAAAGCACUACUAGUUAACUAGAAUUUCAGCGUUUUAAAAGAAUCACUUUUUAAUCUAGCUCAUUGCCGUCUUUAAAACCAGGUUUCUGUUGGUCUGCUUGCUUGUCUUUUAGGGCUUGUAUUUGUUGGUAAACCUCAGAGCAGGUUUAUCAACGCUGGUGCUCAGAUGGCCACCACUGAACUGGAAUCUCUCAAAAUCCAUGGUGAUGUUAGACAUUUUUUGAAGAAACAGGAGUCUUUGAAGGAAAACCUACUUAAAAUUAUCUCAAAAAAAGCAAGAAGCAAAAGAAGCCACUUCUUUCUUUGGGAAAUACCAUCGAGUUACGAUUAACUCACAAGAUGUGUGCUUAAUUGCUCUCCCGUAGCUUUGUCAGAUCGCGUUUUUGCUGAAAGCAGAUGGUGAUCAAACUACAGCGAGGAAGCUCCCUUUGAUCCGUGCGAAUGAAUGUAUACACACGAACUAUGCAUUUCAUCCAGCUGCAUCCUGUAUCUCGAGUCAACUCCGUUCCAACCUUUUCCUCUAGGUUAGCGACUCCCAAGCUCCAGGAGCUGGAGGCGCUCCCGCCUCCUUUAGCGCUUAAUUCUCACCUGUUUUGCUUCAGAGCUUUGACAAGGCGAGAGGUGGGAGCGGAGUGACAGGGACCUGGCUCUGUCCCGGCUGCUCCCCGCUCCAGGGGACCAGGUUGGGCCCCAGGUCCAAGGUAGCUGAGCAGAGGGACAGAUGUGCUCCCUGCGCUCGCUCAGACUGCUCCAGCCCUGGCACCUCUCGCACCUCUCAGCCUCCUGCAGGCCCGGGCAGCAGAGCAGGACCAGCAGCUACUGUCUCACAUGGGGUCAGUGGCAGCAAGGCUGGAAGAAGCUGUGACAAGUAGGAGGCCACUGCAGAUGGGGCUUGCAGCCACCAUCUUCCCCCUUGCGAGAGCCCUUCCAGCCCCCUACAGCCCCAGUUUUGCCCUUGGCACCACUUCUCCAUGCCCCAGGUGAUCAAUCCCCUGCUCACAGCGCUCGGUCCUUCACCCUGAGCACCGCCGGGGCCUCAGGGCUGGGGUGUGCAAGAGAGAAGGAUCAGGCCUCGGUUUGAAUGUACCCUCUGCUGGAAGGCAGUGGAAAGAUGAACAUGGUUGUCUUGUCCUUGUAGCUGAGGUAAUUAAACAAAGGGAAAGGUAUCGCAUGCAUUAAUACUUGUAUUUUGGGUUGUUGCUGUGAUAUACAUCAGCCCAAUAGGGUCAAUGAAUGAAGUGUGUUCUUACGGUUUAUCUUAAAGGAAGAAAGACCAAAAAAAAAAAAAAAAGAUGUACUAGGAACACCCUUGCUUUAGAGUAAAGCAAGCCUGGACUGAACAACAAAGAAAGAUUUUGUUUAUAUGCAACCUAUUCAAAUAUUUGAUACUGGUAUGAAGGCAGUGGUAUUUUUACCUAUCUGGAGAUGUGCACUCAUCUACGUUAUGCUUAAUUGAAAAAUAUUUUUACAGUAUGUGUUUGUAUUUGGUGGGCUAAGGCCCUUAAUUUUAUAUUCUUUACAAGAAUUAGAGUGGAAAUUAUGUUUCCCCAUUUAUUGAGCUCCCUGACCAUGCUAUCUGUCCGUCUGCAUAAACAAUAAUUACAGUACUUUGGCGGAUUUGGGUUUUCUUUUUGUUUUGUUUUUUAAACACCAUCCUUAAAAAAAUGCAGCGCUUUUUGUAUGUUGCCUAACAGAAAAGCAUGUUCCUUACCAGGGCCCCUAAAACGUGAUCCACAGAACGCGCUGACGUGACAAAAAAUGCUUGAGGACAGGUCUUCAUGGGUUAUCUGCUGCCGUACCUCCCGUAGGCGUGCCCAUGGCCAUCAGCAGAGGGCCUGCCCUGGGGAGUCACGCAGGGGCAGCCGUAGGGGUGCUCGGUGCGGUCCGGGGGGCUCCUCGGAGCUGGGAGAUCCCGUGUCCAGGACGUGGCCUGUAAGAGCAACAGAAAGACACGACUGCAUUUCUUUUCAACCUGCAACUGCCCCGUGGGUCUGGUGCAGCUCCAGCUGCAGUCCCUCGAAUCCCAGCUCUGAGCGCAGCGGUCAGGCCUUCGUCGUCACUUACGAUCACCAACUUAACUUUUUAAAACGAGAAAGAGCUUCCAACUCUGGCACUAAUGGAAAUACUGAAUACUUUUAAUAUAUAUAUAUAUAUAUUUGGAAAGUAUUUGAAGAAAAAAAAAAAGUGUUUUGUCUUUUUUUAUACGACUUUUAGCCAAAUAGAAGUAUUCUGAUUAUUACUUCUGUGGAUAGCUGUCCACCUGUAAAUAAACUCAGAUAUUCAGGUACGUGAACCUGAAGAGAGUAAAUAAAUAAAUAAAGACUGUUCUCUGGCUAUGCGCUUUGCUAGCUUUUGGUUCCUUUGUACAUAAGAGGUAACUGUUUAAAUGUUGGGUGGGUUUUUUUAUUUAAUUGCUGAUCCUCUAAAGAAAGAAGAAGAAGAAGAAAAAAAAAAAAAAACCUUUUGACUUUGUUUUCUCUUUUCUGAGUUAAUACAAAGAUUUUCUAACUUUUUACUGCAGAAAUGGAUAAAUACCUGGUGCUAUGUGAAUUUGAGUCGAACUGGCCAUAGCAGACACACCAGUUAGAAUGCACUUUUCCUGUGGCACACAAUGUAUUUUCUCAGAAUGGACUUUCAAAGGACCAUCAGAUGUUUACAUUUCUUCUUGUGGCCCCAAAUGGUUUUGAACAUUGAAACAACUCCCCAGAAUAGAGAAAGACAUGAUGCAUUACCGAUGUGAUGACUCCUUACAUUUAGGUAUCUACAACAGGUUUGUACAAAUACCAUUUUAGAGAUAGUUGAAAUAUUGGGCUUUCAUACUUUGUAAUGCUUUGAUGUGACAAUAAUUAUGCUGUUGCUAUCUAUCUAGUCUAACCUCAUCGUAGACCUGUAAUUUCCUGUUUAUGGUUAUGUCAUGAAUUGCACUGGCUUGAAUUCAGCCAAAUACUGACUGUUCAGCUGAGAUAUUCCGACUGUUAUGAUGUCCACAAAACAUUAAAUGCACUUGUAACCAAUUACCAAGGAGUAUGUC